AUGGUGGAAGCGAGUGCCGCACAGUGCAUGAUGUGGGUGUUGCUUCCUUUCAGUUUGUCCGACAAUGAGCGAGCGGGCCUUGCGAUGAAGGCCGGCGUCUCCCAUUCCAAGAGUGAGUACCAAGUUUCCGACAGAAGCCAGGACAUGGUUUCCGCGGCCCGUGGCGCAGGACAUUGUUUCCGCGCCGACAAUUACGUUUCCGCCUUCCACUCCAAUGCUUACAUGUCUGAGUACCUCGCCGAACCCUACCUUUCCGACCCCUGCUCCGAGGCCCAGGGCCGCAGGUGCCGCGCAGACGCCUACCUCUUCGACCCCAGCUCUGAGGCCCGAGACUACGAAUUCCAAGCCAACGCCUACCUACGCGACACCUGCUCCGGCGGGCGUUCCCCAGAACGUUCAUCCCCAGAGCGUUCCACCGACCGCCGCCCCCCAGAACCUUCUGCGAAGGCCAGUGGCGCCGAGUAG